UUACUAAAUUUGCUCUUAAAACUGCCACCAAAUAUAUAAGACUGCAUGAAACAUCCUAAAAUUAAGAAAAAUUAAUUGAAAAAAAUUCCACCCAAAAUUCACUCUCUACUCUCUCUCUCUUCUCUCAUUUCUUGAUUUUUUUAAAGAGAAAAAGUUAGAGAGAUGAUGAAGAGGGCGAGUCACAACAACAACAAGGUUGACUCGGUGGUAAUAGUGAGUCGACUCAAGUCACUCCAUCUUUUAAUGGUAUUAGUUUUCGUCUAUUUUUUCUUGAUGACUACUCAAUUCCCAGUUCUUUUCCGUUUCUUGGGUAAUCAACACGACUUUCCGACCCGUUUUGUAGACGAUUCGGCCCGAGCCGAUAAACCGCCCCGAAUUCUAUCCCGGUUGGAUUUCAGAGCUCGGGAUUGUGAUAAUAGCUCUAUUUACAAAACUGCCAUGCAAGCAUGGGUUGUGGGCUCAGAAUUAUGGGCCCAAUUGAAGGGAAAGCCCAAUGAGGCCCAUGAGGUGUCAUCCGCGGUGAGUCCCGGGAAUGAAACGGCGGCGUUUAGGUGUCCGGAGAAGGUGUCAGUUGGAGAGUCAGAGUUUAAUGGGAUGGUGGGCCUGCCAUGUGGGCUGACAAUUGGGUCACAUGUAACGGUGGUGGGGCGGCCGAAGAAGGCCCAUAAAGAAAAGGAGCCGAAAAUAUCGUUGGGGAAGGAUGUGAUGGUGUCACAGUUUAUGGUGGAGUUGAGGAAAGAGAAAGUGGUUCGAGGCGAGGAGGCGGCGAGGUUUCUGCAUUUUAAUCCUAGGAUUAAAGGGGAUUGGAGUGAUAAACCGGUCAUCGAGAUGAAUCAUUGUUAUCGAGGUCAGUGGGGCAAUGCCGUCCGUUGUGAAGGGUGGCGUUCGCCUUUCAAUGAAGAAACUGUCGACGGACAGGUAAAAUGUGAGAAAUGGAUUCGUGACGAUGCUAACGAUUUCGAAGAGUCAAAGGCUAGUUUGUGGUUGGACAGGUUGAUGGGGCGGAGGAAAAAGAUCGAUUUGGACUGGCCUUUUCCUUUCUUAGAAGAGAAGUUCUUUGUUCUUACCAUCACUGCGGGCUUGGAAGGUUAUCAUAUUAGUGUUAAUGGGCGGCAUCUAACCUCAUUUGCUUAUCGUAAUGGUUUUGACUUAGAAGAUGCCAUGAUACUACGCGUGUAUGGGGAUGUUGAUGUACAUUCUGCAUUUACUGCUUCUUUGCCCACUUCACAUCCUAGUGUCGCUCCUGAGAGGCACCUUGAGAUGUCUUCUGAGUGGAAGGCUCGACCACUUCCUUAUGAACCCGUUGAUCUUUUUAUUGGUGUAAUUUCAGCUGGAGACCAUUUUGCUGAACGUAUGGCGGUCCGUAAAUCCUGGAUGCAACAUUACUUGGUUAAAUCUUCAAUUGUUGUAGCCCGCUUCUUCGUAGCAUUGCAUGAAAGAGAUACUAUAAAUGUGGAGUUGAGGAAAGAGGCUGAGUUUUUUGGCGACAUCAUCAUUGUUCCAUACCUAGACAACUAUGAUCUUGUUGUUUUGAAAACUUUAGCUAUUUGUGAAUACGGGGUAAAUUUCUUGUCAACAAAAUAUAUCAUGAAAUGUGAUGAUGAUACCUUUGUAAGGGUAGAUGCUGUGAUUGAGGAAGCUCGACGAGUUAACAGUGGGAAGAGCCUUUAUGUUGGAAAAAUUAAUUACUAUCACACCCCACUACGUACUGGUAAAUGGGCUGUUACAUAUGAGGAAUGGCCUGACGAAAUUUAUCCACCAUAUGCUGAUGGACCUGGAUAUAUUGUGUCUUCAGACAUUGCCCGUUUUAUUGUGACAGAGUAUCAAAAGGACAGAUUGAGAUUGUUCAAGAUGGAAGAUGUGAGCAUGGGGAUGUGGGUUGAGAAGUUCAACAGUUCGAGCCCUGUGGAGUAUCUGCACAAUUCGCAUUUCCACCAGUCCGGUUGCUUCGAUGAUUAUUAUACUGCACACUAUCAGUCUCCUAAACAACUGAUCUGUUUGUGGGAAAGACUACAAAGUGAAGGAAAGCCCAUAUGCUGCAACCUGUAACAUUUAUACUUGACCAGUUUGACAAUAUUUAUCCUCUCUUAUGAUUCGGAGGAUUUAGCUAUUAGGAAUAGUGACACAGAGAGGUUUUGACUUGUAGAUAGCUUAUACUUGUGUAAUCAUCAUGAACAUGAUGAAAAGUGGCCUGGUGGGUAGCACUGAGAUUACAAUGUAUACAAGGAAUUUUCUUUUUUAUUGGGAACUUCAUAUAAAUUACUCUAAAUUUGAGAAAUUAUACAUGAUUUUCUUCAUACAAAUUGA